AAAACUGGGGACGCAAAAUCUGCCAUUAUCAAAUACUUGGUCUCUUAUGAUGAAAUAUUUGAGAUAUUUACGUUGGUUUGGAAGAGUCUUGUACAUGAAAACAUCCCCUAUUUCCUCGACUCAGAGACGUUGUUGGGAUUGGCGGUUAGUAUUACCAAUCUAAUAGAUUGUUCGGACGAGUUCGCCUAUGCCUUUGGCGAGAAGGGUCUUCUUACUAUGGUCAUUCGAGAUCUCCAGACGAAUCUAGGCGACGGACACAUCCAUCACGUACUGAACAUCAUCUACAACUGCUGUAGGAGAAUACCCGAGAACAGAGUCAUGUGUCGAGAGUUCGUUGUUACCCUCCAGGAGUAUUCACAAUCGAAGAACUCUGAGAUUCAGGCCCAUGCCUUCUUGGCGCUUUCCUUCAUCGUCGACAAAUCAGAAAUUCAUAAGAUAUCCCUAAAUGAACCGUGUCUGAAAUUCCUCUUGCUGGCUCUUAAGUCGGCCAUGAGUGAACCAGAUGGCAGGUCUCGGGUCGGCAGUUACUCGACACUCGAGGUCCUCCAAGGACUCAACCAGCUGGCCAUCAACGACUGCAACAAGCUUCUCAUCGUAAAACUUGGUGGGAUAGACGUCCUGGAGCGAAUCCUGAUGGAAGAAGGAUCUAACGACGAAGAAAAGCUUUGGGCUGCCCGAGGAAUAUGGCAACUGGCUUUCAAAGAAGAGAACAAAGUCAAUAUACAUCAGCGUUCAAAACUCCUUAAAACACUGAAGAAGAUUAGAGAAACGACUGAGAAUUGUGAUGUCAAGGACGCCUGCUCGGGUGCACUCUUCGUCAUCAAUGACGUGUUUGACAUCGAUGAAGAGUUCAAAGGUCACACCCCUACACGUGGAGAUCGUGGUCCAAGUUCGGUGAAGAGGGAGGAUUCGCCUGGUCAUGUGGAGGGUCAUAUCAUGAUUAGCUACCAGCAUGCAAGCCAGGAGCGAAUGCUGCAAGUCAAGCGCCAUCUGGAAGAAUCUGAAUACAACGUAUGGAUGGAUGUGGACAAAAUGAAAGGCGAUAUACUGGAUUCCAUGGCCAAGGCAGUCCAGGGAGCUUCGGUCGUACUGGUUUGCAUGAGUCAUAAAUUCAAAGAAAGUCAAAACUGUCGUACAGAAGCGACUUACGCCUUCACCCUAAAGAAAGACAUAAUUCCCCUGAUGCUUCAAGAUCAAUUCACACCAGAGGACUGGCUCGGUGCCCUCAUGGGAAUGAAGAAGUAUUACCCUAUGUUUUCAGACGAUCGCAUGAAACAGUGCCUACCCGAUCUGGUCUCUGAGCUAAGCGAUAGAGGCAAACGUGAGAAACUAGAUCUGGUCGUGCCGUUGCUUGAUCAGGUCACAGGUGCAAGCAAUCCAACAGCCCAUGCUCAAAGGCAAGGGGGUGGAACAGCGGAAGAUGACGUAGACUGCAGUGGAGGAAUCAAAGAUGACAAACCAACAGGCAAUGAAGACGGGGGGAAUUCCCGCCCACAGAAAGCGGUAGAUCUUGUCACAUGGGAUGAAGAAGAAGCGGGAGAAUGGCUGAGAUCGCAUGGCGUUGAUACGAGCAAGGAUAGUUUCAAGAAAGUAGAUGGCACCCGCUUGAAGCAGAUCAAGCAGCUGCUAAAUCUGGCUCCAGAAUUUUGCCUGACGUCUCUGAAAGAAGAAUUCGGUCUUGGCAUAUGGGACGUCCUCUCGCUAGUAGAUGCGUUGAAGAAGCUCUCAAUUUGAAGAAUUUAAGCAAAUAGGAAAUAUAAAUGCUGAAAGGAUUACAAUGGGAGCGGCGCGAACACCGUCACAAACUUCAAAAUGAUUUUCAAAGCAACGAAAACAGAGACAGAAAUAACGUUUAAAAUACCGUCUGUUGAAAUUAUUCGUUCGUCUGAACAUUAAUCAGUAAGAACUUGAUGAGCAAUUCGUUGAACUACUGAGUUGGUAUGAGAGGAAUUAUCCCCGCGUAGAAAAGAAGAAAAAAAGAGAGGCGUCAACAUAGAAUAUCGUCAAUAUUACAGGAAGCACACUUUGGAUACUAGCAAAUAACCGGUUUUCAUGAUUAUAAAUAGAAAAAAGGGGGAAUUUUAGCCAUCAAUAUCAACACGUAUGUAAAUGGUUUUAAAAAUCUAGAUAUCCCACGUAAAAAGUGAGAACGCGUCCUUUUAAAACUGAAAACUACUGGCAUCGGCCGGGAAUCGAACUCUAUCGCUUGCGUAACAGGCAGGCAUUCCUCCACUGAACCACCGAUGUUUACGUUGGAUAGUUUUAUUUCUGUCAAUUCAUUUUGUUACCUCUUUAAAUGCUGGAAACACUUAUUAUUGUGUGUAACUUACCUUUUCAUAGAGAAUACGGAGGCAGGAAGAUGGAGGUUUACCUUCUAUGCCAACGAAUAAAACAGAAUGCUUUAAACAUAGCCCCCUAGUGUCUUCAUUAAUAGCAUGGAAUCAAUUUGACAGAUCAUUGAAGAAAAACAAGGCCCCCUCUGUGAGCACUUUUAAAUACAUGUUCAAACACUCUUGUAAUGUCCGUUCCCAAUAAAAGAGAAUGCCGAGGGGUUUCUUUUCCGUUUCGCCGUGAUUGAUUUUAAAUUCUUAAUUCUCAUUGUAUUCCAACGUAUUUAUCAUUGGUUUAUGAUGCGUUUACAAUAAAAUACAGCUGUAUGCCCAGUACU